AGGUACGUCAUCGUUCACGGACUGACUACAGCUGGAAAUAAUACAUGGACAUGCACGUAUAAUAAUAUAUUUAUAAAAAAAUACAGCAAUGAACAAUGACCAUAGUUGACAGAUCUUCAGAGAAAUCUGACCUAGAGUCAGUCGGGUGCAAGCGCUCAGGAUCGCUGAACUUUCCCGGCGGUGACGGGAACGGGAUGGACAGUGGCUGCUCCAGCUGGGGGGCGGGGGGCCCCUCGUCCUCCGACACCCCCAGGGUGAAGACAGGGGGCUGCAUGGGUCCCACCCCUGGAGCCACAGUCAACAGCAGCAGUGCAGACAGGCCCAAGGAGCAAGUGGUGCUGACCAGUGGCGACGGCAUCGCCCUGCCCCAGAAGGUGCUGUUCCCAGCCGAGCGGCUCAGCCUGAAGUGGAACCAGGUCCACCGCAUCGGAUCAGGUCUCCAGAACCUGGGAAACACCUGCUUCCUCAACUCGGCUCUGCAGUGUCUCACCUAUACCGCUCCCCUCACUAACUACAUGCUGUCCCGGGAGCACUCUAAAACAUGUCAUGAGCCUGGGUUCUGUAUGAUGUGCACAAUGCAGAAUCACAUCACCCAGGUCUUCGCCAACUCUGGGAAUGUCAUCAAGCCCAUCGGAGUCCUCAACGAGCUCAAACGGAUUGCAAAGCAUUUCCGCUUUGGCAGCCAAGAGGACGCCCAUGAGUUCCUGCGGUACACAGUGGACGCUAUGCAAAAGUCCUGCCUGCCUCUAAACAAAUUGGACAGGCAAACGCAAGCAACCAGUUUCAUCCAUCAAGUCUUUGGAGGGUAUCUACGGUCCAGAGUAAAAUGUUUCAACUGCAAAGCGGUCUCUGACACGUUUGACCCUUAUUUGGAUGUUGCUUUGGAAAUAAAGACUGCUCCCAGUAUCACAAAGGCUCUGGAACAGUUUGUUAAGCCUGAGCAGCUAGAUGGAGAGAAUGCCUACAGAUGCGCUAAGUGUAAGAAGAUGGUUCCAGCCUCUAAGAGAUUCACCAUCCACCGCAGCGCUAAUGUGCUCACCAUCUCACUGAAGCGAUUCGCCAACUACAACGGGGGCAAGAUUGCUAAGGAUGUAAGGUAUGCUGAGUGCCUAGACCUGCGUCCCUUCAUGUCUCAGUCCCACGGCGAGCCCCAGGUCUACGUGCUCUAUGCUGUCCUGGUGCACUCUGGCUUCAGCUGCCACGCUGGACACUACUACUGCUACGUCAAAGCUAGCAAUGGCCAGUGGUACCAGUUGAAUGACUCCUCUGUGUUGGUCAGUGACAUCAGGUCAGUCCUCAACCAGCAGGCUUACGUCCUCUUCUACAUCAGGUCACCUGAUCUGAAGAAUGGAGGGGACUACAAUCACACGUGCCGGACCCCGGGGCCCCUCGGCCAGUUGUCCCCCCGCCCCAUCCUCUCACCCCGGGUCAACAUUGGGCCACGACACACCAGCACUGGCUUCAUAGGGCCACAGCUGCCCCCACACAUGGCCAAGAACAUCUUUCACGUCAAUGGGAACGGCUCGCUAAGGGACUACCCCUCUGGCUCUAAGCCCAGCACCAGCAGUGACAACAGCAUGGGCAAGACUAGCUACAGCCCGCUCGCCACCUCUCCCUCCCAUCCUCUCAACCGUCCCACAGGCAUCCCUGACCCUGCCAAGCGCCAGAAGCUCUCCUUCUUCAUCGGUCAGGGCAAACAGAUCCGCCCCUCAUCAUCCACUUAUGCCCAGCCGUCCUCUUCGUCACAGUCUACAUCAGACAUGUCUACGCCCCGGGAUCCUCGCAUUAACAGAAACGGUCACGGGGCGUCGUUCCUGGUGCCGUACGGCCAGGAGUCGUCUGAGGAGUCGGACCAGGAGGGAGGCAGUGGUCUGGGGAACGGCACGGCUAAGCCUCACGUUAACGGGAGGAAGGGAGAGACCGUCUACGGCCCCGUCCCCAGAGUGCUGACCCUCAAGACCAACGGCAUCGGUAAUGGCCAGGCUACCAUGCACCGUAACGGGACCAACAGCUUCUCCAAACUCAGUCAGAACGGACACCACAACAUCAAACACCCUGAGAAGAUCCACGGUAACGGUCAUGCGAUGUCGCCCGGUUUGGGUUCCAGCAUGUCUAAUGGGGCGGAAGCUCACCACAGUGGCCCAAGCAAAGAGGUGUAUUGCACCAACCCCAGCCAGGCCAGCACCUCUCAAGGCCUGCACAGUGCCGACAUCGACAGCCGCCUCUCCCUCACCCCAGAGAAAAGGGCUAAAACUCACUCUGGCCCCCUCCCUCACCACGCACCAUCAACCGCUGCUAAACCUCCAUCCUCAUUGGCUGAUGUUGGAGCUAAACUACUUACCGACGCCUUGAGGGAAUCCAUCUCCAACCCUGGGGUCUUAUUCCUCCAGCCCACCUCCCGCUCCCUCAGUACCCCAGUCGCCCCAGUCCUCUCCGGACCAGGCCUGGGAGCCACGAAAGAUCUCGGAGCCCCACACAGGGGAUCUGGGGAGGACGUCAGGGAGGCCCAGAACAGCCCAGCUGUAGGGCUGGAUGGAAAGCCCAGCUCCAGAGAUGGAAGAGACCAGAUGUACUCUUCCGAUCGGGAGGAGAAAGGCGGGUUGAACUCUUCCGAUCGGGAUAAGGAGAAAGGCGGGUUGAACUCUUCCGAUCGGGAUAAGGAGAAAGGCGGGUUGAACUCUUCCGAUCGGGAUAAGGAGAAAGGCGGGUUGAACUCUUCCGAUCGGGAUAAGGAGAAAGGCGGGUUGAACUCUUCCGAUCGGGAUAAGGAGAAAGGCGGGUUGAACUCUUCCGAUCGGGAUAAGGAGAAAGGCGGGUUGAACUCUUCCGAUCGGGAGGAGAAAGGCGCGUUGAACUCUUCCGAUCGGGAUAAGGAGAAAGGCGCGUUGAACUCUUCCGAUCGGGAUAAGGAGAAAGGCGGGUUGAACUCUUCCGAUCGGGAUAAGGAGAAAGGCGGGUUGAACUCUUCCGAUCGGGAUAAGGAGAAAGGCGGGUUGAACUCUUCCGAUCGGGAUAAGGAGAAAGGCGGGUUGAACUCUUCCGAUCGGGAUAAGGAGAAAGGCGGGUUGAACUCUUCCGAUCGGGAUAAGGAGAAAGGCGGGUUGAACUCUUCCGAUCGGGAUAAGGAGAAAGGCCGACUACAUUCUUCGGACUGCGAUAGGGAUCGAGACCGGCUGUACUCUUCUGACCGGGAUAAAGACGGAGAAGGGGAUAGGUACCACCGGGACAGGAGCCGUGAACGCAACCGGGACCAUGACUCAGACCACUACCGGCACCGGCGAGACCACCGAGACAGAGACCACCACCGGUCGUACCGGGACCGCUCGCUCAGCCGGGACAGACACCGGAACUGGGAGUCUGAGGCAUUCCUCUCACAGCGACGCUAUCACCCCAGAGAGAGGGACAGGGACCGCUGUCACCACCAUUACCACCACAGAACGAGUAAGGACAGGAAUAGGGACAGGAGGAAGCACAGCCACCACAGCCUCCCACACAGAGAGGAGCCUCAUGGACGCUCAAGGUGGAGGGAUGAAGGUAAAGAGAGGUGUUACUACCCUUCACAGGAGACCCCUCUGCCCACCCCACUGAGCUCCAGCACCAAGCCCAGUCAGUCCCUCCCAGCCCUUUCCCCAGCCAUACCAGCCCUGGUGAAACGACCCGAGCCUCACAGAGAGGAGAGAAAUGACAGCUCUGAGGAGCAUCGGGCCAAGAAACCCAAGAAGAGCAAGAAGAAGAAGUCCAAGGACAGAGAGAGGCACCGAGAGAAUAGGACCUUUGACGUGAAUUCUUCUGACAGGGCAGCCAACGGCAGCAGUUCCUCCAAACACAACAAAAGUAGAAGGUACGACACUGACACGGAGGAUGAGAAGUCAGGGGGUGAGAUCCACUCUACCCAGAGUCCCGAGGGGCACCGUGACCCCAAUGCCCCCCGGGAGGGUCGCAGGGCAAGCAGCAGCGACGAUGAGAGGGCGAGCAAGAAGCGACGUUACCAGGACGAUGGCUAUGACAAAAGCUACCCUAAGAUACGCCAUCGCGCCGAUGACAACGACCGCUCCUUCUCCUCUCGCGAUGGAUCACCAACAGCAGCUCCUCAAAACGCAUCGCACUGCCACUUCAACGAACACACAGGUAAUGGCUUAGGUCAACCCAAUGGAAUCUCCCACGAAUGUUCUACCAAUGGACUGUACAAUGACCUUAGACAGUAGAUUUUCUCUGUUUGACCAGAGACACAGAACAAUACUUGGAAUACUUUACUUUAAAUAUCAACCUUUAUAUAAAAGUGAAAUUCAACAGCAACAGGAAUGUCAUCCCGAAUAUUUGAACGUGGUGCUGUAUUAUUGGGAAUAUACUAUUUUUACCACAUGAGAAAUUAACAUUCUACUAGAUUCUUUUUUUAAAUAGAUUUUUUUCAACUUCACUCAAUGUACAUUUAUGAUAAAUAAUUAACAAAAGAAUAAGCUGCACAGUGGAAGACUCAGGACUUUGUUCAAACGAGACGUAUUCCUCCUCGGAGAACUGAUCAACUGGUUAAAUAAUCCAAAAAGAGGAAGACGAAUAGUUUUCUUGCCUAGGAGAUGACCUGUUUGGUAUGACAUCAGUUGGCUGCAAGUUUGUCACCAUUAUCCACAUAUCUGUAUAGGUGGAGGUAUAAAAGCUCUCUCUGAUGGAGGGAAACGUUAUUGAGUGAGUAGUGUCUGAAGGAGAAGGCCUGGUGUGACUACGUGUGUACUUAACACAACUCCACUACCCUGGAGAGACUUCAGGAAAGCUCUUUGUUACUUUCGAAAGCCUAAGAUCGUCUCCCUCCCUCUGCAUCUUGCUCUCACUGAGAUGUCCAAUUCUUUUAACUUGUUAUUCAAGCAUAAAAAAAAAAGCUGAACAAUAAUCAUGUUAUCUCUUAUGGCUUUGGACCUGUGUUUCUGCUUUUUUUAAAUGUUUUCUAGCGUCCAUAAGAAAUACUGUGAAUUAAAUGUUGAACUGUACUAUCAGUUUAUACAUAAGUCCUGUAUCAGGAAUAGUUUUGUUUUAGAGAAUUACCACAAUGUAAUUUAGACCUUGUUCUAAAUUGACACAAGUCAGUGAAAUAGUUUGCUUGUUUUUUUUUCUACCUAAAAAGACAAAUGGUCAUGUUAACACGUUUUUAGUUCUACAAUAGCAUGUCAAAUGUAUACAUUGUACAAGGUAUAUAAAAAGGCAUAAAUACAUUUGCUAAUGUCAAAGUAACUCAUCUUACUUUGUUUACACACAUUGUUUGUUGGAGUGAAAGCUGUUGAUUAACUGGGCAUGUAUGUACACACCGAUGGGAAUAGUGUCUGCCUUUGUAUUGGACGGAUGAAGUCCGUUCUCUCAAUUUUGGUAAAAGAUUUUGCAUAUGA